UUUUUUUUUUUGGUCUUCCUGUGUUACCGCCCUUGAGGUGAGGAAGGGACUGAAGCUCGUCAUUAGGAAGUAAUUUGACAUCGCUUAAUACAAAUACACAGGGCUUGUGUUCCAAGAACAAUUCCUAUCACUGUAGCAUAACAACCUCAGCACACUGCACUGUCGGAAAUCUGAACCUGGCUGGUCACGUUGACGGCGACAAGGUUUAAUAAUAAUUGUUUAGCCGACAGUCACUGCAGUCAUGGCUCUGCCGUUCAAAAAGGACUUGGAAAAGUACAAGGAUAUUGAUGAGGAUGAAAUUCUCAACAAGUUAUCAGCGGAAGAACUGAAACAACUGGAAGCCGCUCUCGAGGAUCUUGACCCAGAGAAUGCACUUUUGCCAGCUGGCCUCCGUCAGAAGGACCAGACGGUUAAGCCAGACACUGGUCCCUUUAACCGGGAACAGUUGCUUGCCUUCCUUGAGAAAGAAGCCUUGGAAUACAAAGACAGGGAAGAUACAUUGACUUUCACUGGCGAGAGGAAAGGCAAAGCAUGGGUUCCCAAACAAAGGCCCAUAGAAACACGACAAGAGGAGGUGACCACCCUUGAUCCAGAACUGGAAGAAGCACUUUCAAGUGCAACUGAUACUGAACUCUGUGACCUAGCAGCUAUUCUUGGUGUUCAUACGCUGGUGACCAGUACACACAGCUAUGACAGCAGUGGCAGUUAUUCCAACAAAGAAGGCUACAGCACCGGUGUGGUCAAAGGUGAACAAAUCAGACCUGUUUUCGAUGAGCCACCUAAUCCUACCAAUGUUGAAGAGACUUUGCAGAGGAUAAAGGGAAAUGACCCUGCGCUGGUGGAAGUCAAUUUAAACAACAUAAAGAACAUUCCCAUUCCAACAUUGAAAGAUUUUGCAAAGGCCAUGGAAAAGAAUACACAUGUAAAGAAAUUCAGCCUGGCAGCAACUCGAAGCAAUGACCCUGUAGCUGCUGCUUUUGCAGACAUGCUAAGAGAAAACAAGACACUAAAGAGUCUUAAUCUGGAAUCCAACUUCAUUACUGGAGUUGGUAUCCAGGCUAUAGUCCAUGCCAUGAAAGAGAAUGACACGCUGUCCGAGAUGAAGAUUGAUAACCAAAGGCAGCAGCUGGGUGCUACAGUGGAAAUGCAAAUAGCCAAGAUGCUGGAAGAGAACACAGGUGUUCUGAAAUUUGGAUACCACUUCACACAGCAGGGACCGAGAGCAAGAGCUGCAGCAGCAAUCACAAAGAACAAUGAUCUAGUUCGCAGAAGACGAGUGGAGGGCGACGUGUAAACCUGGUGUGUUUGCCUGACAAAUGCUGUGUUGCAUCAUGUGGAAUAAUUACAGCUCAACAGUCUUGUGCCAAACCCAGGGCAAGGCAUCCUCAAACUUUAGCUAUCUGGGUAGAAGGGAAAUGACUGGAAUAGCCUUCUCCAAUAAUUUAGCAGUAAAUGUAGUUUAGUCUAGUAAUUCAUUUGAAUAGCACCCAUUUUGUUUUUUAAAACGUAAAACCUCUUAAUUAUCACACAAGUGUUUUUUAUAGAGUAAAACGAUAACAUGACAGCUUAACUACACCAUCAAGAGUAGUGUCUUGGUAUUUGCACAACUUUUAUUUUCUAAAUAUUGAGAGCAUUGUUUAACUGAGAAGUGUGCCCUAGUGACGAUUCAGCUUCGCGUCACAACAGAGAACGGUUAAAACUGAUUGAAGGUAUUGGAUGUUUCUUGUUUUUUUUUUUAUAUAUAUAUAUAUAUAUAUAUAUAUAUAUAUAUAUAUAUAUAUAUAAUAUAUAUGAUUAUUAGGAUUAUUUUUGUGUUGGGGAUGCUGUUUAUUUUAUAUAUAUACCUGUUUAAAAUAAGUCUUUCAUUCCAAGUCAUUAUCAGGCACUCCCUUUGUUAGUACUUGUAGUUGACAGGUUUGACUGUGUAGAUUUGCAAGCCUUUCUUUUUGUGCAGGCUGUGUCACAGGCACUCGUUUUGCAUGACCUUGGCUGUAAGAAUGACCAUGUAACUGAGUUAUGGAAAGCUGUUCUGAGAACUGUCAUGUUCUAUAAUGCAAUUCUGGACCAAGCAGGUUGAAUAGUACUGCACAGCAUUGUUUCAAUGGCACACCUUGCCAUUAUGUAUCUCUUUGUAUCAGAAUCAUUGCUAUGGUGAUACUGAUGGUGGCAGUAGCUUUGGAAGCUAUAUUAUAAUCUGUAAAUUAAUGCCAAAGCAGUUUGUCUUUCGAGCCCUGAUUUUAAUAUUUUUCCAAUAAUAGAAAUUAAACAAAAUAGUACAUCUCAAGCAUCUUGUUGAGAGUGUAUUCCUUUGUCCUGUAGAAACAGAAUGCUUAUCAUUGCCAGUAAUUUACCUCCCUCUUAAAUAAUUUCAUAAUUUCAAAAUAUUUCAGUUUUCUAGAUCUGUACAAUUUCUGCUGAUUUUUAUCUUUUUUUUUUUUUUUUUUAACUCAAUGCAAAUGGGUUGUUUUUGGUAACAUGCCAAAGAUUGCUAAUAAAUACAAAUUUAGAUUUCUAUAUAUUUUAAGUCUUCAGAAACCUCAUAGUAACUUUAUCAUAUGUAGCAAUUAUACUCCCAAGCCAAAUGAGCUUGGGUACAGCAGUUGGUCAGCAAUCUAGUCAUGUGCAAAUGCUGAAACUGCAAACAAUGAAGCGUGCUAAUAACUAGUUUGAUAAAUAAACAAGCAUAAAAACAAUAACCAGAUCCAUACCAGAACAUGACCAGUUAUCAGAAACAGCCCUCGGAGAUUUCUGCAUACUCGAGUAAUUACCCAAUUUGUAUGGCACUUGUUUAAGCUUUCUAAUUUUAAAAAGGGAUGUUUCCUUAUUGUAUAAGCAACACAGCGUGGCUGUCUGCAAGACCAGCUGGAUGGCACAGACCAAGUACAUUUGCAUGCUUACAGCAAACUAUGUGAAAGGUGCUGGGAUCAGUCCCGUGUAAUUCUGUCUGUAAUAAAAAUGUUGUGGAAUGUUUGCAUUGUUGAACACUCUUUUGGUUUGUGAACGUAUACAGUAUAGUAAUCUUAAAUAUAAAUGUCCUUGUCAAUAUAUUCAUUAUCUGAAACUGUUGUGUGUCCAAUUGCAAUAUUAAAAUUGGACAUAAAAAAAAAAAAAACCCUUUUGGAAAAGGAAUGUUGCCCUCCCUUUAACCCUGUGAAUAAUCACCUGUGUUAUUGUAGGGUUAUAUUAUAUAUGUGUCCCUUCACCCCCUAUUCAUACAGAGAGUUCGGUAUAGUACUAAAUGUCUACAAGUUACAAACUGCUGAAAUGAUCAUUUACAUUUAUCACACAGGUUUUAAACAGAAGACGAGGAAAAUCUUUUCUGUGCUGGUAUUUACCAAUUUAAUGGCACGUCACAAUGUAAAACCUGCUGAACAAUACAUGUUUUUAUAUAUCGCUUUGUGAUUCUCCACAUUUUGUAUCGUGUUAAAGCAUGUUUAUAAAAAUUAACAUUGUGUACUGUAUUACCUGUAGGCAAAACUGGAAUUCACCUUUCCUCUUUACGUUGUGUGUUUAACUUGGAUGCCUGCCUGCCUGCCUGCCUGCCUGCCUUUGGGAUUUUAUAAAGCUAAAAAGUUUACUUUUUUCCCCAAAGGAAUGUAAUUCUAUUAAAUAUGCAGUACUGACGUUGUGCUCUGCUUUCAGCUUUCAAAAGACGUAUUUGUAUUUGUAUCUCUUGUCUUGUGCAAUACAAGACUGUGGUACACUUGUUUGUAUAAAAUGUGAAAUGGUAUACAAUAUGGAAAUAAAGAAUCCUUUCGGAGAA